UCGUCGUGCUUCCUGCCUUUGCUGAGGGAGAGGACGCUGCUGACGGCUGGGAGGACGAGCGGAGAAGACGGGAAAGAUUCCAGGGAGACCAGAGAGUGGGAAACGGCCCGGGGUGCCGUCCGUAGGGGAAAUAAACAGUGCACUUUUUCUGCAGCUGCUGGAUUUGCCACCUUAUUAGCGCUGGGAAAAAAUGUCGACCAGUCGUCAGCUUAGCGAGUGCAGGGCCAUCCCGACCAGGACGGUGUUGAUCAACGACACAACGCAGCUACCUCAUGACUAUUGCACCACCCCUGGAGGCACUUUAUUCUCUACCACUCCCGGAGGAACCCGGAUCAUCUAUGAUCGUAAGUUCCUCCUGGACAGGCGUAAUUCUCCCAUUGCCCAGACUCCCCCAGCUCACCUGCCUGUCAUCCCCGGAGUGACCAGCCAAAAUGUCCUGAGAGAGAACAAGAAGAACGAAGCCAACAACCACAUCAACAACCAUGACGGCAAGCCCAUAACCGGUGAUGACGCUCAGUUUGAAAUGGACAUCUAACCGACUGGAACCGCACCAGCAAAAGCAAAUGACCUGGCAUCACAUGUGCCAGUGGCUUGGCUUGUAGAAACCAAUGUUGUGAGCCCUCAUGGCAGCCAUCUUCUUUCGCUCUCUGUCUCUCUGCUGGAUGUAAUGUGUGUAACCCAUGGGGAUUCAGUGUAUCAUACGUACAUGUGCAGUGGGGCCAACUCUGGAAACUAUGUUUAUUUGUAUUGAUUUCCCUGGUUACCACUCGCUGCACACAAUGAAGGAGCCGGCCUGAAUAUUAUGUACCCAGACACUUUGUCCAAUUCACAGAUUGAAGUGCUCAUCUUCCAGUUUUCUGUUAAUCCUGAUUUUUAACUAAGCACACUAUGAAACUCACAGGGUUCUGAGUUAAUUGGGAGAGGAAGUGGUCAUUUUGAUUACUGGCCUUAAAUCAGUCGAAAGCUUUGAUAUUCAUCACAGUCUUUGGUUUUAUUUUGAAGACAUUGUAAGCAUGUUAUCUACGUUAUUUGUAUGUCUUUUUGGUUUUUGGAACAACUUGAAAAGCUCCACAAUCUAUUAUCGAUUGUUUGGUCUAUUUAGUUUCCAGUGAUGGUAUGCAAAGGGAUGCUAUUGUGGUUUUUAUUUUGCAAUUAGGUGAAGAUGCCAUUCCAAGACUUCCAUUUCCCCUACCAACACAAAGCCUGUGAACGAAGUUUCCAAAACUUUAAAACAAAGUUAUUUUAGGCAGUGUUGUUUUGUAAUCAUCACAUUUGCUAUUAUCAUUAUCCUGCAAUUUAAAACAAGAUGUUCCUUUAGAAAAGACUUUCAGAACAGAUCUAUCACUCAUGUGACGUUGCUCAACAUUUCAUAUGCACAUUCCUCUGUCAAGACACUUUUCCUCCAGCUUUGCUGACACUGUUUUGUUGGCAGGAGCUUUUUGUUCACAAUUUGAUCAUCAAGCAAGGAGGUAUUACCCUGCAACAUCUGUCAGGUGUUUUGGAAUAUCCAGACCAGAUUUUUGAUUAAUGUGGAAAAGGAUAAUAUCACAAUGGUAAUUUAUGAAUGAAAAACACGUUUGUUUGUUUUUUAAUUUGAAAAAAAUACAGAUGUCUUAUAUGCAUUUUAGUUUCUUAGUACUGAGGGUAUUUGUUUGUAUAUGAGCACUGUCACGCCUUUGGAUGAAGUGUCAAAGAACCAGAAGACAUUGUUUUCAUCAGGCUUGAUCAUCUCCAGUACAUAUAUGUCCCCAGUGUCCUUAACCCAUCAGACACUACCUUAUUCUGUACACAUGUCAUGACUGUCCAUGCCUUACACAUAUCAAAUGCAGUAACUUAAAUUAGGUUCCUAUCAAUGUGUACUUUCCAAAAGAUGUUUAUUUUUUCACUGUAACAUUGAACAGGUAACAUUGUUCCCGGCAAUUUGGCAAAACAAGAAAGUUCUAUUUUUUGUAAAUCUUUUUUUCUCCUUCCUCAAGCAGCUCUGAAGUCUGGUGUGGCAUCACACAUUUAAUUUGAGAAUUCCGAAGUUCAGAUAGCGAUGGUUAAAAGACUACCACAUGCUCACUUCGUCCAAAUAAUGUGUUUGUUACACCACAGUCAUAGUCAUGUCUGUUAUUUGUACAGUGUCCAAAGAGCAGUUCUUUUCUUGAAAAAUACAUCACCAGGAUGUGUCCAUUUUUACUCAAAAUUAAUUCACAUUACAAUGUUUUUUCUCUAUACGAGUGGGACCACUGAAUGGCUGAAAGGAUGUCUAUCAAAGGUUUUCUGUCUGGCUUUCUUAUUCAUUCUGGCCAUGUUUGGUGACACAUACAUUCAGGGGUUGCUUGAACCCAAUUUGCAUUGAACACUUUGGCGGUAAAACUUUGUAUAACAUCAUCAUAACUCCUCCCGCUGAUUAUUUUCAAAUCAGUUUGGUUUGACAAUGAUGGCGUAACAUUGUGUGUUCAAGGAGAUUUGAAACAAAACUUACUGUAACUUUCUGCUCUUAUUUUAAGUAACCUUAUUUUAAAUGAAAAUCCAAUGCCAGUGAACUCUGUUGCUGCAAGAUCAAUAAAGUUCCGUAAAAAACAAAACAA